CGAUUAUAAAAUUCAAGGUCAUUGCAUGAAUAUCGAUGCAAUUUGUAAAAUUAGCUCCACAGGAUAUGCAUCCACCAUAAGGUCCUCCGAAAAUCAAACGUUAUGUAGUAAUAUAGAUGGCGUAACAUGCAGGUUUCGUGAGAUAGUACCUAGUGAGACAAAGAAUAUACAGAUAUUCGAGAAACACAUAAAAUCUCUAGUGAAAGCAUUUCUGAGUGGUUAUAAUGCUUGCAUACUGUGUUAUGGUGAGGUCAAUUCAAGAAUAAACAUGUUAAUUAACGGGCCAAAUUCACAUCAGGAAGGAAUACUGAAGUUAAUAAUGCUGGAAAUAUUUAGAAACGUAUUCCAUGAUGAACUCAAUCUGAAUCUACAUAAAGAAGCUUUAUCUGUUCAGUCACUGCUGAUUGGAAGUGAAGGGUUCACUGAUUUGAUUCGGAGGUCAGAAUCUUCAAGUUCUCAGCUUAAAACUACUUUUACAGUUAAUAAUGGAUAUCAGGUCGAAGGUCUUCAGGAGGUUCAUAUCGAUUCAUUUAACACAGCCGUAAAUAUAUGCACACAAGCGGCACAAAGCUACUUCGGUAGGAUAUGUAAAACUGACCAGGAAUUGGAUGAUAUCCCAGCUAGCUUCAUUUUUCGCAUCAAACUAAACGGAGAAAAACUUAAUGACGGCAUCACGUUUCGAAGCAAAUUAUCUCUGGUUUGCAUCACUGGUUUCGAAUGGCUUUCCAGGAGUAUGAAGAAUGGGGCAGAUUUAGAGAGCGCUGAAUUACUUGAAUUAUACAACCUCACAUUUCAGUUAGCUUCCGGAAAGCCCGGUAAUCGGAAGUUUCCCAAUUACAGCGCUUCACGGUUGACGAAACUGUUAUAUGAUGAAAUUGGCGGCAAUUGCUACACCAGAAUAAUACUUUGUUUGUCAUCCACUCCUGAUCCGGAGACGUAUACACUUCUACUCCGACUAACGUCACAAUUUACACACAUUACAAACGCUCCAGUUAUGAAUGAUGAUUGUGCCUUGUUGUUGGCGGCAAGAGCAAGAGAAGCCCAGUAUCUUCUGGAACAAGUCAUUCUUGAACAAGAUGAUAAAACAAAUAUCAACUCAAUAUAUAACGGGAACAAAAUACGAAAUACUGACCCUCCUUUCCUCAGAUUAAAAGAACAUGUUCAAGAAUUAUCUGAGAGCCUUGAGAAAACCCACUUGGAAUUGGCACAUGCCACUGAUGAGCGUGUAAAAUUAUCGAAAGCAUGGCUUGUAAGUGAAGAGGAUAGAAUGCAGGCGAAUGAAAAAUUAGCCCAGACCGAGUUGCAACUACAUGAGGUUCGUUUGAAAAACGAUGAACUUCGUAUGCUUUGUGAAAAAGGCACAGAAGCGUUGAAACAUGUUACUGAAUUGCAAAAGUCCAAUGAAAUGCUGAAUAGGUAUUGUACUAAAUUGAAAAGAAAACUGGAAGAUCUACACAAAGAAUUGGAUAAAAUGUCCAUGCGUAACGAAGAGCUGAGUCGUGAACUGCUUCAUCAGACAGUAGAACAAAAGUCUGUACUGACAUUUUUGGCAAACAAAACUUCGAACAGGAUGAAAGAAUUACCAAGAUUUGAAAAAGAAUUAAAUCGUGUAGAAAUGAUGCUUGGCGUGAAAUCUCAUAAGAAUGGAAGCGAGAAUUUCAAUCCUUCUCCUGAAACAUUUGAGCAUAAAGCCAAUACGAAUCCCAACUCCAUUAAUAAUCCACUACAGAAAAAGAAGUAUACUGAUCCAAGUGACAAUAUUCUCAAAAAGGCUGAAGAACAAGUGAAACUUGAUAUGGUUGUGAAAGAACGCGACUACCUACAGUCAGAGAUAACAAAAACUAAUCAAAAGUUAACUCACAUUUUGGACAAAUUUAGAACUAGAUUGAUCUACCAUAUUAGCGGAAUAACUCGAUUAGUUGAUGCGGCCAAGUCGAAUGAUCAGAUAAUCGCCAGAGAGGCUGUUUAUGGACUUGAGAAAUACACUAAUCACUUACUAGCUGAUGUCCAGGCAACCUACAAAAUACGAGAGAAUGAAUUAAUAAAAAUGAUUCAAUCGCUGAAUACACAAUUUCAGGCCACCCGUGAGGCGAUACACAAAGUUAUGAUUUUUUACGCUAAACUAAGAACACAAGCUAUACAACGUGAUUCAGGUGUCAGAGAUCCAGGACCAACACCCCAAGAUUUGAUUGACCAGUUGAAUCUACCGCCGGAAAACAAUACUGACUAUUUGCUUAAUUUGAGUGCUUCUGUAAUGGCAGAAAGUACUGAACCUGUUAGAAAUCAAUCUAAACUACUAAGAAGACAAAGUCUUUAUGAUUAGGCCGAUGAACUUUGUGUCAACUGAUCUCUGGUGCAUGCUGUGGGUUUAACAGAUUUUGUCAAGGCAUAUAAAAUAAACAUCAUAUUAAUACUAUUGACACAAAAUGAAUAAUUCUUUUUUUUAGCAGUCACUGACAUUUUCUUAUUUCUUCUGUUUCAUCAAUUUUAUUCAUAAGAAACGAAGUGCAGCUUUCUUUUUAAACAUGUGUUACCA